AAAUCUUAAAGAUCCUUCAACAACUAACACUCGCAUAAAUAAUAAUAACACAACGUGCGCGUCAGUAUGAGUAUGAACCAUGGCUAACACGAUCAUCUCUAUACAUAUUAGCUUAUAACUUAUUUGUUAUUUGAGAGAUUAACUUGUGAAGUUGAAGAAGAAGAAAAGAGAUCAAAGGAUGGGGAAAGAUUUCAAAAGCAUGGUCACAAGAUGCAUCUACGUAGGAAAAGAGAACGAUAACGCCAAGAAGCUGAAAACCAUAACUGAGGAGCUCAGGGAUCUACACAAGAGUGUGAUGAAAAGAGUCAAAAUGUACGAAGAUCAGCAGAAGCUGAAGCGUCUAGAGAAAGUCCAGGUGUGGCUUAGACAAUCCGACGCAGCCAUCAAAGAGGCAGAAGAGAUGUUGAUGAUGUACAUGCCUUCUUCUGCAUCUAAUGGAUCAAACGUGAUGAUGAGUAGUAGUCACAAGAUAGACAAGAAGAUUUGCAAGAUGCUGAAAGAGGUUCAGGAGAUAAAGAGCAGAGGAACAUUUGAUGUGGUGGUUGAAAACAGUGGCGUUGGUGGUGGGUCGAUGAUGAUCUCGACCGUUGAUAGAGAUGAUCAGACGGUUGGUUUAGAAGCGGUUUCAGGGUUGGUGUGGAGGUGUUUGACGGUGGAUAACACUGGGAUUAUUGGGUUGUACGGCGUGGAAGGUGUUGGGAAGACGACGGUGCUGACUCAGGUUAACAACAGGUUGCUUCAGCACAAGUCAAACGGGUUUGACUUUGUGAUUUGGGUGUUUGUGUCCAAGAAUCUGAAUCUUGAGAAGAUUCAAGACACGAUUCGGGAGAAGAUAGGGUUUCUUGACAGGUCCUGGACGAGCAAGACCGAGGAAGAGAAAGCCGGUAAGAUCUUCGAGAUACUUAGCAAGAAACGGUUUGCUCUGUUUCUUGACGACGUUUGGGAGAAAGUUGAUCUAGUGAAAGCUGGUGUGCCGCCACCCGAUGGACAGAACAGGUCGAAGAUUGUGUUCACGACCUGUUCAGACGAUGUUUGUCGGGAAAUGGGAACACAGACGAAGAUCAAAAUGGAGAAGCUGUCAUGGGAGAGAGCUUGGGACUUGUUUAAGAAGAAUGCUGGAGAAGAAACGGUGAAGAGCCACCCGGACAUAACCAAGGUGGCUCAGGAGGUCGCAGCCAAGUGUGACGGUCUCCCCUUGGCUCUGGUCACAAUCGGCCGAGCAAUGGCCUCUAAGAAGACACCUCAGGAAUGGCGUGACGCUUUGUACAUCUUGAGUAACUCUCCUCCAAAUUUUUCAGUUCUCAAGUUACUGGACAGGAACUAGUUGUGCACUCGAG